AUGCCGUCACUGGUACGAGACUCUGCCCUUGGCGGGAUUAUCCGUCUCGUUACCCACAACAGGUACUUGAAGUACCCAGAGGAGAAACCCGACUUUCAGUUACCCGAACCAUGGAUACAAUUGAUGAACAACGAGGAGCCUAGCCAGCCAGCCACGUUUGACAGCGUGCCAUCCUCAUCUUCAGAGUCGUCAGUGUCCGAUGACGAAGAAAAGCAAACAGAAAGGAGGGAAGAAGACCCCCAGCCCUAUGAGAAACCUGGCGAAAGAUCACGUCUGGGCCUCCAGCGGACCAAGAGCCGAGAAGAGACUACACCUUACACCGCGGAUCGGCUCGAGGUUGAUGAGAGGCACGAGCUCGAGAAGUCAAGAUCCAUACCUAUUGUGCCGCGCAAGACGAAAGAUGGUGCCAUACUCGUAGACUGGUACUAUUCUGACGACCCCGAGAACCCUCAGAACUGGUCCAAUGCCCGCCGUGCUGCUGUGACAACUAUUAUCUGCCUCUACACCUUCGUGGUGUACAUGUCGUCAGCUAUCUACACCACAUCCGAGGAAGGUAUCAUGGAGGAGUUCGGCGUGGGCAAGACCGAGGCCGCACUGGGUCUCUCGCUGUUCGUGCUCGGCUACGGAACUGGCCCUCUGAUCUUCAGCCCCCUCUCUGAGCUCCCAGCCAUCGGCCGUAACCCGAUCUAUGUCAUCACAAUGUUCCUGUACACCAUCAUCUCGAUCCCAACCGCCCUCGUCCAGAACUACCCUGGCCUGAUGGUCCUCCGCUUCUUGCAGGGCUUCUUCGGGUCUCCAUGCCUGGCCUCUGGCGGCGCUUCGGUCGGAGACAUGUACUCGCUCAUGUCGCUCCCAUACGCCAUGAUCGCCUGGGUCAGCGCGGCAUACUGCGGCCCGGCCCUGGGCCCGCUGCUCUCGGGUUACUCGGUCCCGAUCAUGGGCUGGAGGUGGUCCCUCCUCGAGGUGAUCUGGGCCGCCUCGCCGAUGUUCCUGGCCAUGUUCCUCUUCCUGCCGGAGACGAGCACGCCCACCAUCCUGCUGAGGCGCGCGCAGCGCCUCCGCAAGCUCACCGGCAACGACCGCUUCAUGAGCCAGAGCGAGAUCGACCAGCGCAACCUCAAGACGUCGGCGGUGCUGGUGGACGCGCUGAUCAAGCCGCUCGAGAUCACGCUCAAGGACCCGGCCAUCCUGUUCGUGCAGAUCUACACCGCCAUCAUAUACGGCAUCUACUACAGCUUCUUCGAGGUCUUCCCGCUCGUCUACCCCGUCUACUAUGACAUGACGGCUGGGCAGAUCGGCCUGGUGUUCCUGUGCAUUCUUGUCGCCUGCCUUAUUGGUAUUGCCAUCUACAUUAGCUAUAUUUACUUUUACAUGAACCCCAGGAUCAAGGCCAAAGGCUGGCCCGUCCAGGAGAGCCGCCUCGUCCCCGCGCUCGCUGCCGCCUUCGGGCCCACCGUCGGCCUGUUCAUCUUUGCGUGGACCGCCGCGCCGCAGUUCCCCUGGAUCGCGCCCACGAUUGGUAUCACACUCUAUGGCGCUACUGUCUUUGUGGUGAUGCAAUGCAUCUUUGUCUACGUUCCGAUCAGCUACCCGCAGUACGCCGCCAGUCUUUUCGCGGGGAACGACUUCUUCCGCAGCGCCUUGGCGUGUGGCAGUAUCUUGUUCGCUGGGCCCCUUUAUGGGAACCUGGGUGUUGCGCGGGGCACUAGCCUGCUGGGUGGCCUGAGUACGAUCGGCAUCAUCGGUAUCUUCUUGCUCUACAUCUACGGUGGCAGGCUGAGGGCCAUGAGCAAGUUCGCUGUAUCUUCUUCGGAGUAG